AUGAAGGGGGUCAUCGCUCUUCUCCUGGCGGCUCUGUGCUUUGAGGGACUCAAUGCAGAGUGUCCCGACCCAGCCACGCUGAAAGAUGAUUAUGGAAGCAAGCUCUGCGCCCAGAUGUUUGAGCACAGCAGCUACUACUAUGAUGAAAGCUGUACUGGCAAAUUCCUGUACGUUUAUCCCGAUGAAGACACCCCCAUCAUGUCAUGGGCUUGGAAUAACCGGAUUUCUUCUCUUGUGGUGGGCCGAGGCUGCUCCCUGACAGUGUGGUCUAAAUCCAAGAAGCAAGGAUAUAAGAAGAAGUUUUCUGCUGGCAUCGUGUACCACCUUAAGGAGGUGCAGAAAGGCCUGUUUGGAGACUGGAACGAUUCCAUCUCAGGAUACUACUGCACAUGCUAG